GCGGGGGAGUGUCCGUCUGUCGGUCCGACCGACCGACCGACCGACCGACCGACCGACCGACCGACCGACCGACCGACCGACCGGCUGCCGCCAUGCAGAACGUCAUCAACACCGUCAAGGGGAAGGCUCUGGAGGUGGCCGAGUACCUCACGCCCGUGCUCAAGGAGUCCAAGUUUAAAGAAACUGGAGUAAUUACCCCUGAAGAAUUUGUCGCAGCUGGAGAUCACUUAGUUCACCACUGUCCUACUUGGCAAUGGGCUUCAGGAGAAGAACUAAAAGUCAAGGCUUAUCUGCCAACAGACAAACAGUUUUUGGUAACUAAAAAUGUGCCGUGCUAUAAAAGGUGUAAGCAGAUGGAGUACUCAGAUGAGCAGGAAGCAAUUAUAGAAGAAGAUGAUGGUGAUGGGGGAUGGGUGGACACUUUUCACAAUGCAGGUAUUGUGGGCGCAACAGAAGCAGUUAAGGAGAUCACACUAGACAGUAAGGAUAAUUUAAAAAUACCAGAGUGUUCAGCAUCUUGUGAAGAUGAUGAUGAGGAAGAUGAAGGAGAAGCUGCAGACAUGGAAGAGUAUGAAGAAAGUGGGCUAUUGGAGACAGAUGAUGCAACACUUGACACAAGACAGAUUGUAGAAGCUAGCAAGGCUAAAGUUGAUGUUGGAGGGGAAGAUGCUAUUCUACAGACUAGAACUUAUGACCUCUACAUCACUUAUGACAAAUAUUACCAAACUCCAAGGCUCUGGUUAUUUGGAUAUGAUGAGCAACGGCAGCCUUUAACAGUAGAGCACAUGUAUGAAGAUAUUAGUCAAGAUCACGUCAAGAAAACAGUGACCAUUGAAAACCAUCCUCAUCUUCCUCCACCUCCCAUGUGCUCAGUUCAUCCAUGCAGGCAUGCAGAAGUCAUGAAGAAAAUAAUUGAGACUGUUGCAGAAGGUGGGGGAGAACUUGGAGUUCAUAUGUACCUUCUUAUUUUCUUGAAAUUUGUACAGGCGGUCAUUCCAACAAUAGAAUAUGACUACACAAGGCACUUUACAAUGUAACUAAAAUAAGAGAUGUACUCCUCUAAUUAUAAAAUCUUUUUUUAAAUAACCCAUACAUGUGACUUACACAUUAUACACAAUUUCUGUAACUAAUCUUUUAUCAACUUGAUGCAUUAAAAUAAAAUGUUCCAUUACCAGCCUUUUUAAUAAAAAUCUUUGUGUGUAAUAUAAAUAAAUCACGUUCAUUCCGAUACAGA